AUGAGCGCGAUCGAUUCAACCCAAGAAGGCACAGCAUUGUCCUUCCAAGACGUGCAGCAGUUGCGCCGAAAAAAGAGUUUCCUCGACAGAUGUUCCCAACUCCCAAAAGAUCACAACCUCUUGAACCAAAUUCUUACGAUUGCCUUAAUUUGUAUACAGUCCAAUCCUAUCGAGGACCAUCAUAUCAACGGAUUUUUAAGGUUUCUUGGCAUGAUAUACCUCCCACGUCUUAUCAGCAACCGCGACAAUGACCCUUUGCCUCCACCUGCAGUUUGGAUGCAUAGAUAUGUUCAUUAUUACAGUGAAUGUGUUCCGAGUAUAACAUCUUCAUGUCGCCAAAUGUUAGAUUCCCACAGCGGCUCUGAACCUGACCUCGAAUUCAAAGGAUUCUUGGAGAAGAACUGUCAAUUCCUCCUCGAACUUUGCAGGAAACCAGCAGAAUCCAUACCAGCCCCGGCCGUUACCCCAUUACUCACACCACGUACAAACCUCGAGCUUCAGCUUGUUCUCGUCGAUCGUGCACUUGAAGCUAAAGCAAGGGUUCAUGUCUCAAAAAAGGUUGAAGGCAAGAUGGAAGAUAAGGUCAAGGGUGAAGUUCUAGGCAAACUUUCGGAGUUGGCAGGAUCCAUCAAGUCCGUGAUCGAAGUUGUAGCCAACGGCGGUAGUAAUAUCGCAUCAAAUGGAUCUAAUAGUCUCGACCAGCCAAGCAAAAAAAGGAAAGGUGCACCAAAAUAG